AUGUCAGUCACUAGAAGAAUUCUUUGUUUACCAGGAUAUUUGCAAAACGGGAAAGUUUUUGCUGAAAAAUCCUCUGGGAUUAGAAAAUUGCUCACCAAAAAAUUGGGAUUUGAAUUAGAUUAUGUUGAUCCACCAAUCAAAAUCAAUACCAAGGAGGAAUUACCGUUCAAAUUGGGUGAAACCGAGGAAGAGCAAGCCAGUAAGUGGGAUGCUAUAGUCGAGCAAGAUUUGAAUAGAUGUUGGUGGGUUCAUAAGGAUCCAGGUACUUAUGAAGGAUUUGAUGAAGCAUUAAAUUAUGUCAUUGAACAGAUUAAAACCAAAGGACCAUACGAUGGGAUCAUUGGGUUUUCCCAAGGUGCAGCCAUGGCCGCCAUUGUCACCAACAAAGUGAAAGAAUUAGUGCCAAAUCAUGAACAUUUCAAGAUUGGGGUAUUUUUUUCCGGAUUUGUCUUUACUGAACCAGUUAACAGUGAAGACAUAAUGGUUAAUUUAAACCAUUCAAUUGAAAAUGUGAAAGAGUAUCAAGAAAAAGUUAAAGUGGUGCCAGAAUUCGUUGAUAGAUUCACUUUACCGAAAUGUGAAACCAGAAUCCUUAACAUUUAUGGAUCUAGCGAUAACACCGUUCCUGGCAUCAGAUCCGAAUAUCUUUCUACAUUCUAUCCACAAGAACAAUUACAAGAGUUCAAGCACGAAGGGGGCCACUUUUUGCCCAACAAAAAGAACUUCCUCAACCCAAUCAUUGAAGUUUUCAAAGAAGUUUUCGAUAUAAAAUCUAAUUUAUAG